GCCGGCAGGUAAACCUGAGAGGGCCGCCGGGGCCUCGCCGCCCUCCCGCUCUUCUCCGUCGAGUCCAGCUGGCCCUGCCCGGCCCGGCCCGGCCCGGGAUGCCCCCCCGGCCCCCUGCCCGACCACGGCCAACCGCCGCCGCCGUGAGCCGGGGCCCAGACACCGGAUGUGAAUAAGAAUGGACACAUUAUUUAUUUGCCAGAUUCUUUAUUCCUGGAUCUCAUGAACUUAUAAUCUCGGGGAGGACUAUAUAUUAAAUAAUGAUACACCAGUCACAGAUCUUAACAACAUUUUGAAGGAAAAGAAAGAUUUUUUUUAAAAGAAGCAUACAAGUUUCUUCUCUACAAGUAAACAAUUUAAUUUAAUAACUUUGGCUGCAUCCAUUUUCCAAAAUGAACCGAUAUACAACGAUGAGACAACUAGGAGAUGGCACCUAUGGGAGCGUACUUAUGGGAAAAAGCAAUGAAUCUGGAGAGCUGGUGGCUAUCAAAAGAAUGAAAAGAAAAUUCUAUUCUUGGGAUGAAUGCAUGAACUUGAGAGAAGUUAAGUCUCUGAAGAAACUCAAUCAUGCCAAUGUGAUUAAAUUGAAAGAAGUUAUUAGAGAAAAUGACCAUCUUUAUUUUGUCUUUGAAUACAUGAAGGAAAACCUCUAUCAGUUAAUGAAGGACAGAAACAAGUUGUUCCCUGAGUCGGUCAUCAGAAACAUUAUGUAUCAAAUUUUGCAAGGACUAGCUUUUAUCCAUAAGCACGGAUUUUUCCAUAGAGAUAUGAAGCCAGAAAAUUUGCUUUGUAUGGGUCCAGAACUUGUGAAAAUUGCUGAUUUUGGUCUUGCAAGAGAAUUAAGAUCACAACCACCAUAUACUGAUUAUGUAUCUACCAGGUGGUAUCGUGCCCCUGAAGUUUUGUUAAGAUCUUCAGUGUACAGUUCUCCCAUUGAUGUUUGGGCUGUUGGGAGCAUAAUGGCUGAACUAUAUACACUGAGACCACUUUUCCCAGGGACAAGUGAGGUAGAUGAAAUCUUCAAAAUUUGUCAAGUGUUAGGGACUCCUAGAAAGAGUGACUGGCCAGAAGGAUAUCAACUUGCAUCCUCUAUGAAUUUCCGAUUUCCACAAUGUGUUCCUAUAAAUUUGAAAACUCUAAUUCCCAAUGCAAGUAGUGAAGCUAUACAACUUAUGGGCGAUAUGCUGAAUUGGGACCCUAAAAAACGGCCAACAGCAAGCCAGGCUUUGAAAUAUCCAUAUUUUCAAGUUGGUCAAAUAUUAGGCCCUCCUCCACAGUACUUGGAACCAAAACAAUCUGUGAAUAAACAACUUCAACCAAAAGAGUCAAAACAAUCUUUUGUUGAAUUAGAACUUAAACCUCCACCAGAUGACCAGGCCCAGUCACAUCCCCAACAAAAAAUUACCCAUCAGCCACUACAACCAAUUCAGCUAUCACAGAACUUGCCUGCCCAGCAGCCUUCAAAACAACAGCCUCAACAAAAACAUCAAGAACCAUUAUUCCCAAGUAUCAUCAAAAAUGCAUCACCUAAGCACAAUGUUGCAGUGGGUCAUAAAAGUGGUAGAAGGCGUUGGGGUCAGACUGUGUUCAAGACUGAAGAUAGUUGGGAAGAUAUUGACGACUCUGAUUUUGGAGUCUCACAUUCCAAGAAGCCCAGCAUCUCUGUUCCAAAAGAAAAGAAGAAAAAGGAUUUGACAUUUAGUGUACCAGAACUCAUCCCCUCAGGCUCCAGUCAGACAGGAGGGGAAAAUAAGAGUUUGCCUGCUGCUUUCUUAAAAAAUGAUCCUAACUUGUCAUCCACUUCAGCUGCCAAACAGUACUACUUGAGACAAUCAAGAUAUCUUCCAGGUGUCAAUCCUAAGAAUGUGUCUUUGUUGACCCAUGGAAAAGAAGGAAAUCCAUAUACUUGGAAUAAUUCUAUAUUUUCCAAACCACUGGGGCCCAUUGGUGCAGGACUUGCUUUCAACAGGUCUAAUGCAGGAAAUUAUGGAAGUUAUACUACUUACAAUCAGCCAGGAUAUAUCCCUUCAUUUCACAAAAAAGAAGUUGGCUCAGCUGGCCAAAGGAUACACUUAGCACCUCUUGGUGCUACUUCAGAUAAAUCUACAGCCGGUGAUAGGAGGAAAGAUUAUGCCUGGAAUACAAAAACUGGUCGGACCCAGUUUUCAGGCCCUACUUACAAUCCUACAGCAAAAAACAUAAAUAUUUUAAACCGUGCACAUCCCGUUCAUUCAGUACAUGGAAGAACAGACUGGGUGGCCAAAUAUGGAGGCCAUCGGUAGAAGGCUUGUUUCAAAAUGCCCUCCUUGUUCUAGAACAGUAUGUUCCAUUGCUAUACUCUUUGAAAUGUCUAAAAAUGUUUAUUUCCACUGAUUUCUGGGAGAAAAUCACAAAAGUGGAUAAUUUAAUGGCAAAAAAUCAUCUUGUAUUUUAUUCCAUCCUUAGGCAUGAAAAACACAUCUCUUACCAUUAUUGUCUACAUUAAUUUAAGGGUAGAAUUUUACAAAGUAUUGAAUAAACUUUGCCAAAGUAUCAAGUAUUUUGAUCUACAAAUGAAUAGAUAAUAAAUACAAGAAACUUUUUUUUUUCUUCUUAAAAACUCUUGAAAAUGUGGGCCCUUUUAAAAUACACUAAACAUUCUCUCCUUGUUGCAUUGUUUUGGAGAGGGAUUGUUCUCAGAUUUCUGUAUUUAUCUGAAAACUCCUUUGGACCAUGAUAGAUUGUUGAAAAUGAUGCUUAUUUGGGCAAGCCUUUUCUACUGUAUUGACUGAUGAAAAGCAAAAAAUAUGAUAGCUUGCCAUUUUUUAAAUAUUUUAUAAAUAUUAGGCAGAGAUCAUUUUAACCUUCCAUCAAAUAUUUUUCUAAGGAAAAUAUAAUUAAUACAGAGUAUAUCAAAAUUAUGCUAUAAGGAUAUAGUAGAAGAUGAUUCUAUACACUUUGUGUCUGGUUUAUCCAGCUACAAAUGAUAUGUUCUGGUGACUGUAAAUUUCAGUGGCCUGAGGACUUCCAAAUUAAGAAUAAGUGCAGCAUCAAGAAGAUUCCUAAAGUUGUGUUAAAUUUCUGUUCCCCAGCCUUGUAGAAUGUGAUUUUGUUCCUGAAAGUAAAUUGUUGAUGUUGUAGAUCACUAGCUAUACCUUUUUCAUUUGACCUAAAAAAUAAAACUCAUUCAUUUGCUGUAGCAACAAUGGCACUAAAGAUGUAUUUAAUAAUUUUAUUUCAGAAUCUGUUUUUCAGGGAGACAUUUUAAAGUUUGUACCACUCUAUUUAAACCUGCCGAUUUGUUAACUGGAAAGACUGUUUAUUCUUUUAAGAUACAACAAUGUUAUCAAUUGAUAUUUUUAUAUAUUUUAAUACUUUGUUUAAAAAAAUGUAGCUGUUAUUGCCAUCAUCCUGUGUUCUAUAAUUUGUGAGCUGUAUCCAAUGGCAUGUUAGCAAAAAAAUCAAGCAUCUUUGCUACAAUAACUGCGCCUUUCAUUGUUGAAAAAUACUGUAUAAUUCUGGAAAAAAAAUCUAAAGAAUGAGUUGUCUGAUUAGUAACGUGCCACAGUUUUAAAUCAACCAUAUUGCUCUGUGUUUCUUUGUACCAUUUGGUCAGUCCUUUGAUUUAAUAAAUCUUUUAUGUAAUUGAUAAUCUCUUAACUCUGAAGAGUGUCUAUUGAAGUAA